GCCGUAUUCCUGCUGGUCGACGCUUGCCCGCGUUGGGGCCUGGUUCCCAGCACGGAGCACUUCGCACUCACCCUUCGGAGCUUACAGGGCCCUACCUCCUGGAUAACAGCCACACAGCUUCUGGAUGAGAUGCGGCUGCUUGGGCUGCAGACCACAGCGACCUUCUAUGAUGGCGUGGCGUGCGCCUUUUCCUCCC